AUGGAAAGUCCAAUAACGGCAUCGGGCGAGGCUUCCAUCUGUUGGCGAUCUCGGUGGGACCUCUUGAAUGAGCAGCCAGGACGCCCGGAGAAGGACGAGGUUAUCGACGUGAUCUAUGCCGCCGUAGACAAAGUCUUGGACUUGUCGGUGGACCAAAGGGUCAAAUCACGAGUCGGAGCCAUCAUCAGGAAAGUCUCGACGGAUCUGCAGAGCUACUAUGAGGACCAGUUGCCAGAAGGGUGGAGACGUCUGAACGCGAAUGAGCUGUUCGGUGAUCUGAUACAGACCGUCUUCAGGGAGGUCUAUUGGAGUGUGCAAGAUAGCGGAUACUCGGACGAUGGUGGCGCUCUUGAGUUAGCUCUCUGUAUCUCGGCGCAGACUGUGAAGACUUUACUGAAGCUGAAUACUGUUGAUGGCUACUCAGAGUUGAUAGCUGAGCUUGUGGGGAAGAUGCGGUCGGAUGAGAGCUCAGAGUUGAAGGAUGUUGAGGGGGGAGCAUCGAAGACGAAGCAACGUGAUACUAUCGAGACCAAGGUCGAUGUGAAUAACCUACCUUUGGUCGAUGGUGCUCCGUGGUCCCUGGACAAGAAGACCGCCGACGGUAAGAUCAAAGUCACCUAUGAUUGUGUGAAGCGUCGAAUCAUUACAGCUUGUGAGAGCUACGGAUUGAGUGGGAGAAGAGCAUGCUUCUUCGUUGUUAAAAACUUCGAUGGAGCAGAGCGAACAUUCGCUCAGAAAGCCCUAGCGGCGGUCCCAGUGGAGAACCAAAACCCCUUGGAUGCCUUCUUUGGGAAGAUGGAUGCCAAGUACACCAACUACUGGUCGGAAGGGCGUGCCUUGAGUGAGUUCACCACUCUGAAGAAGCAUCAGGGUGAAGACCCCAUCACUUAUCUUAAUCGCUUAUCCGAAAUUGCUGACACGUUACCAAUCAGCGAAGGCCAUCUCAAGAGAGAUUGUCCUCUGAAGGGCCAGCUGGAUAACCGGAAGACCACUGAACCAAAGGACCGUGGUAAGAGUUCCUCCUCAACGAGCGAGGUAAAACAAGGAUUUGUGAACGUCGAGAUCGGCGCCAAUGUCGUCGAAGCGACAGGCUUGAAUGGUGAGGACGCCGCCAAAUCUAAUACUAUACACUCCUUAAGUGGAGUGGACACAGUGCCUGAGUUGAAGUGUGACGUUGGGAAGUAUGGUCGUUACAAUCAGACAGCUCUCCUAGAUACGGGAGCGGGAUGCUCUCUCAUCGGAGCAGACCUCGCUGCUAGGCUACAUAAGGAAGGACGAGCUGUCGUCUUGACGACUCCCAAAAUCAUCCGUCUGAGAUUUGCUAAUGGAGGAGUCGAAGAGUCCGACCACGAACUGAUAGUGCCCAUCGGAGUCGAGAAGAAGCGAGAAGAAGUGACCUAUUACUUACCAUUCGUUGUAUCUCGUACACUGGGGGCAGGAAUCCUUCUUGGUCGUCGUGCAUUAUGUUUGAUGGAAACCAAACUACGGUUCGGUGGGGUGAAUCCACGUGAGCUUCAGAAGUUGGAGAACGUCUUCCACCAGAACGUUGUAAGUGAAGCUUCCCAUCAACCUGGUGAGAACGGCUCCUUAGCAGCUGAGAAGAAUACUGUCCAGCAAAAUGCUGUCUACGUCCAGAUCAACCAGGUAACUGAUGAACCGGUGGUGUUGGACGAGGAAGCUGUAUUAGAAGAUGGUCUAGGAUGGUCUAGUAAAGGAGUGGUCGAAUCACGAGAGUGGUUGGAGAAGACGGUUGAACAAGCUCUCCCUCAACUCGAUGGACCUCUUGAUAACGAUAGUGACAUCGACAUCGAUAAGCUCAAAGUUGACGCGAAGAAGUGCCUCGAUGAGCAGGUUCGAAAAGGAUGGAUCCCCAUAAGUCGAGGAUUCAGAGGCCGAGUCGCAUCGAAGGCUGAUAUAAUCACUCAAGAUACCAGUACCCAAGCCUACCAAUUUCAAAUCUCGUGGGAUGUCAACGAUGUGGACCUACACGACAACAUCUAUCACCAUCUGAGAAAGAAGAAUGGGAUCACCAAAUAG